UCAUCCCCCUCAGAAUGUUUGCCCGAUCUGCUGCUCGUGCCUUGGUGACGCCGUCUACUCGCCAUUUCUCCUCGUCUUCGGCUCGUCACACCAAGGUCGCUGUUCUCGGAGCUGGCGGAGGCAUUGGGCAGCCUUUGUCUCUUCUCCUGAAGAGCAAUCCUUUGGUUUCUUCGCUCAACUUGUAUGAUAUUCGUGGCGCUCCUGGUGUAGCUGCAGAUGUCAGCCACGUCGACACUCCCAGUGAGGUCAAGGGCUACGAAGCUGACAAGUUGGACGAGGCCCUAGACGGUGUUGAGGUUGUCGUUAUUCCCGCAGGUGUACCCCGAAAGCCUGGCAUGACCCGUGACGAUUUGUUCAACACCAAUGCUUCCAUCGUUCGUGACCUUGCGACCGCAGUGGGGCGUGUUUCUCCCAAAGCCCACAUCCUCGUCAUUUCCAACCCUGUCAACUCGACUGUCCCCAUUGUUGCCGCAACCUUGGAAAAAUUGGGUGUCUUUGAUCCCGCUCACGUCUUCGGUGUCACCACUCUUGACGUUGUCCGUGCCGCUCGGUUCACCGCUGGUAUUGCAGGCGUCAAGCCAUCCGACACGGUCAUCACAGUUGUUGGUGGUCACAGCGGCCCUACCAUUGUCCCUCUCCUCUCACAGUCGACUUAUGGCAAGGCCAUCAAGGGUGAAGUUUACGAGAAGCUUGUUCACCGGAUCCAGUUUGGCGGUGAUGAAGUUGUGAAGGCUAAGGAUGGUGCUGGAAGUGCUACCCUGUCCAUGGCCUACGCCGGCGCCAAGUUCACGGAUGCUCUCCUCCGUGCUUUGAGUGGUGAAAAGGGUGUUGUUACGCCUACCUUCGUCAAGAGCCCUCUAUUCGAGAGUGAGGGAAUUGAUUUCUUCUCCUCCAAUGUCGAGCUUGGCACGAACGGUGUUGAGAAGAUCCGCCCCAUUGGCCCUCUGUCUUCAGAAGAAGAGAAACUGCUCGCUGCUUGCUUACCUGAUCUCAAGAAGAACAUUGAGAAGGGCAAAGCUUUCGUUGCUUAGAAGUACACGUACAGCAGGACAUGUAGACUUCGACGUACAAAACAGAUUUUUUAAAAUCUCGAAUUGGAUAAUCGACUGAUAACCCAU